AUGGGUUAUAUAGGAGAAGAGGGAGAGUGGGAAGAAUACAGUAAAGGGGAGGGUGAAGGAGAGAAUAAUGUUGAUGAUGAUGUUGACUAUCAUAUGUUAGCAAUUCACCACCAACAGCCACACAGACAGGCGGGCAGACAUGUGAAGAGACUCACAGGGAAGGACGAAGAGCCGAAGGAAGAAGGAAGGAAAAACGGUAUUGGUCGAGCUAGCGAUUCAACACCGAAUGGAGUAAUAUGUUACCCGGAGGAAAUCGAACAGAGGUCGGAUGGGGUAGUGGUGAAGAUGGUCGAUGAUGAUGUUGUCGAGGUUGAUGGUGAUGGUGAUGGUGGUGGCGGUGAUCGAGGUGGAGAGUGA